CUUUUUGUGUUUCCCGCACCGUCAAUCAAAAUAGAAAAAAAAAUCGACCCGAAUUCGCCGAUCAACACUGGCCCGCCUUUGAUAAAAUAAUCAUGUUCGGAGUUUAGUUGAUCCAAUAAUCCCCCGGGUUACUACCACUCACGCUAUGACUGGUACGUAAACGUUCAGCGCAUCGAAGCGUGCAGCUAAUCGCACCAGAGCAGCCUCUGAAACAAGGAGAAAUGGCGUCCGCGGACGUGGACAGCAGUCAAAACGAGUUUCUGCAACCCGGCGGCGCCGCGGAAACACAGACUACAGAUAUGUCAGCCAUUCAGCUGACGGGCUCAGAUCGAUGGGAGGUGUUGACUCCUGUCUCGUCUGGGAAGGAAGAUCAGGGAGUCGUUCACAUUCCAAACUCGGGGAUUAUCACAUCCAAUGGGCAGUAUGUGCUUCCUAUUGGGAGUAUUCCCAGCCAGCCCAUAUAUGUUACAGCAUCUGGGGGUGAGGCUGCAGCAAAUGGAGUGCCGGGCAUUCAGUAUCAGGUCAUCCCUCAAAUCCAAAAUGCAGAUGGGACAAUUGCAGGAUUCCCCACACAGGGUUUGGAUGAUGGUACGGGGCACAUUCAGCUACUCCAAGAUGGAAGCCAGGGAAGCAUUGGAAUCAGCUGUGCUACAACAGCAUCCACAGAUCUCUUGACACAGGCAGGGCAGGUUCAGUCGAUCCAAGGCGUUUCGUUAGCGGGAGGUUCGGCGUACACAGGUACUGUGCCUGUGGGGCUUCCUGGCAACAUAACAUUUGUCCCAAUAAACAGUGUGGAUCUGGAGUCGUUGGGGCUGACCGGAGCUCACACGGUCCCCAUCGCAACAGGGGUCACACCUGAAGGCCAGUUGAUUAUGAGCAGCCACGCUCUGGAGAGCCAGAGCCAGGACACUGGAGCCAAACAGUCACUGGUCACUGUGAAUGACCCGAGCACCAACCAAGAGCUCUACGUGCCAACGACCACAACCACUUCCUCUUCCAACUCCGCCCAACUUCCCGAGACCAUUGACGGCACUGGAGUUCUCACCCAGGCGACUGCCGUGUCUGCAGGCGUGUCUGAUCCCUCGUCCUCAGAAAACUUCAACUCCCACAACCACCUGCAUCAAAUCCAGGUGUCAUCCUCCAAUGCCACCACUAUCUCACAGCCCAUCCUGCAGCUGUCUGGGGACAGUCAGGCCCAGGUAGCCCAGGUGGCUCAGGGUCAGGACCUGACAGCAGCAGCAGGUCAGACCCUACAGAGUGUGCAGCUGGUCAACCCAGGGACCUUCCUCAUCCAGGCUCAAACUGUCACUGCUACCGGACAGAUCCAGUGGCAGACGUUCCAGGUUCAGGGUGUACAGUCACUCCAAGGACUCCAAUUGCCCCAGGGCCAGGGCCAGGCCCAACAGUUGACCUUAGCCCCAGUCCAGACCCUUCCCCUGGGCCAGACAGGCCAGGUCAGCCUGCCCAACCUCCAAACAGUCACAGUUAACUCUGUAACACAAACUGGAGUCCAGUACUCACAGGGAGAGGAUGCAAGCAGUCCAGCAGGUAUCCAAAUAAAGGAAGAGCCAGACUCUGAAGAGUGGCAGCUGAGCGGGGAUUCUACGCUGAAUCCCAGUGACCUGAACAACCUGCGGGUUCAGAUGGGAGAGGAAGACAUGGAGACGCCAAGCGGGGAGGGCAAGAGGCUCCGCAGAGUCGCCUGCACCUGCCCCAACUGCAAAGAGUCUGGAGGAAGGGGUUCGGGCAUGGGGAAGAAGAAGCAGCACAUCUGCCACAUCGUCGGCUGCGGGAAGGUUUAUGGGAAGACGUCCCACCUCCGAGCUCACCUGCGCUGGCACAGCGGCGAGAGACCCUUUGUCUGCAACUGGAUGUUCUGUGGGAAGAGGUUCACCAGGAGUGACGAGCUGCAGAGACACAGGAGGACGCAUACAGGAGAGAAGAAGUUCGUGUGCUCAGAGUGCUCCAAGAGGUUCAUGAGGAGCGACCACCUGGCCAAGCACAUAAAGACUCACCAGAAUAAAAAAGGCGGUGUGCCCCCCUCCACGUCUCCGCCCACCACCGACGCCGUCAUCACCACAGACGGAACCACGCUCAUCCUCCAGACCACCACCGCGCACGACCUUGUAGCCAAUCAGGAGAUCCCCUUGCAGCUGGUCACAGUGGCGCCCAGUGAGGUCAUUGAAUGAGAGUGGAUGGCAGGGUCGAUGUGGUGAGGUGGCUUCUUGAGAACUAGCCUAUCAAAGGGACCUCUUGGGGCCCCCCCCCCCUUUUUUUUGUUUGUUUUUUUUGUUUUUUACAUAUGAAUAUAUACCUAAAUGUAUAUGACAAAUAUAUAUAUUUUAAGUAAGAGUUAUCUUGACUUUAUGUUUGUUUUUUGCAGUCUUUUUAUAGGCGGGCAAAAAGAAAUAACAUUAAAAUGUGUUUGCUAUGUAUACAUGCUCUCUCUCACAUCCACACACACACAUUAACACUCAAAACACAACAUGAAUACUCAACACAAUGAAAUGCCUUAUUUUGUAUUAUACUCUUGUAUAAAAUGCUGGAGGUGCAUGUGUAUUUUUUUUGUUUUUGUUUCUUUUUUAAAAAAAAAAAGCUUUGCAGAUGAUGUAACUGUAACAGAGAUAAAUGUGUGUGAAAUCAGAGGGAGGAAAAGGAAGCAGUAGAAAUUCUGUGAGUUCUGACAAAUCCGGGCGCUCUGUUUGAAGCAGCGCGGCGUCCACACUGCCACCUAAACAACUGAUUUUAAAGUAGUUUUAAUGUUUUUUGGAAAGGCGCCGAUUCGCUUUCUUGCCGAGAGUAAAAUCUAGCACCUAAAAAGCUCAUCGCUUUGCCUCUUGUAUGUUUGAAUCUGGUACCAACACCCCUGCUGUCUUUAUGCUAAGGGUAACCAGCUGCUCACAGGGCCUUGACGCUUGGCAUACAGACUUUAGUAAGACGGCAAAUCAGCUUAUUUUCUUAACCCAAUCAGGGCAGCGGUGCUGAUGUCACGCUGCUCCAUGCAGAGCACAGGUGCAGCUGCUGGGUCAGAGUAGGAUGACAGUGCCACCAUUAACUGGUCUGAAGUUCAUGUUUUU